AAUUGUUUGUUUGGAAGUUGCCUUUGUUGUGUAAUUGCUUCCCUUUCAAAAGUUUUUGGAGAAGGGGUCAUUGCCCCCUUGCGUUUGCUCUUGGAUCUCUCUCUUCAUCUCCUCUCUGAACCUGAUCAUGGCUUCUUCAAACAGAUGGCUCAGACCUGAGGUGUAUCCACUAUUUGCAUCGGUGAGUGUCGCCGUUGGCAUUUGUGCUAUGCAGCUUGUGAGGAAUAUCACCACCAACCCUGAAGUCAGGGUAACCAAAGAAAACAGGGCUGCUGGGAUUCUAGAGAACUUUGAAGAAGGUGAAAAAUAUGCAGAACAUGGGCUGAGGAAGUUUGUCCGCAAGAGACCACCUCAGAUCAUGCCAUCUGUUAACAACUUCUUCUCUGACCCAAAUUAAAGCAAUUGCUGAAUUCUUCAAACUUUGAAGGUUGAAUAGUAUGUUUUUGGCCGCCUAUGCAAUUUAUUGAAUUGGAGAGUUGGAUGGAUUGUUCUUCUUUUUUUUCAUUUUUCAAAGACAGAUACAAGACAACUGUAUUGCUGGCUGGCAAGUUUCUGGAAUAUUAUUCAUGAAUAAUAAAAUAAUCAGAGGGGUUUAAUAUGUA